AUGAUCACAAUCGGCAAAAGCAAACAAGUGUCAUUGCAUAAAAGAAAAUUUAAUGAGGAACCACCAUCACCUUAUAACCUUUAUUACAGCUCGCCAACAAAUACCACUUACACUCCCACAACUAGAAUGUUAAUUUAUGCAAAAGGUCAUAAAUCAAACAAGUGCCCUAAUACCCUUCCAAAGCUGAAAGCAAAACAAGAAGAAAAGGAUUUUAACAAUUUAGCCAGUGUUAAAGAAAAAAUUAGAACUCUUUGUUUUAUUCAACAAGGCUAUACUGGUAAAGUAGUAAUAGAGAACUUUCCUGAUUUAACUCAGUUGAAUUUAGGUAAUAAUGAAUUAGAAGAGAUCAUUAUUCACAAUUGCCCUGAUUUAAAAUUAGUUCAAGUAGCUCACAAUAAACUUACUAAGUUAAAGAUAGAGAACUGUCCAAAUGUUCAAGAAAACUAUACUCAUAAUAACCAAUUAACUAAUGAAGAAAAAGUUAGAUUAGAUGCUUUAGGAUUAAAAGAUAGAAAGCAGAAUGCUAAAUAUCCUCUUGACAAAAGAAAUGAAGUGGAAAAACUAGAUCUUAGCAGUUUAGGAUUACAAGGAGAAUUAAACUUGGAAGGAUUUACUAAUUUAAAGAGUUUAGAUUGUAGUGAUAAUGAACUAACCAAUUUGGAUAAGUGUGAGAAAUUGGAAUAUUUAGAUUAUUUCACUGGUCUAAGUAAUUUACAUACUUUAAUGAUAACAUCUAAUGAACUAGAAGAAGUUGAUUUAAGUGACUUAACUAGUUUAAAAAGUUUAAAUUGUGGUUUGAAUAAUAUAGAUGCUUUAGAUUUAAGUAAUAACUUAGAAAUAGAAAUUGGUUGUGAAAAUUUGGUAACACUAGAUUAUGCUGAGAACAGUUUAACAGAAUUAGAUAUUAGCAACUUAAAAAACUUAGAUGUUGGAAUAGAUAAAAAAGAAGUUCCAGAGUUUGAACAAUUCUUACAAGAAAAAAGAGAUAAACCAAUCAAAGAAAUCUUGGCUAAUCCCAAUAAUUACUCUCUUGAAGAUAUUCUCAAAUUAGAAGAGAAAGAGUUAAAAGAAAAGUUAGUUGAACUAGCAACUAAAAAACAUGAAGAAAUAAGAUUACAAAAAGAAAGGGAGUUCAUGGAUAAAUUAAGAAAGAGAUAG